AUGCUCCCCAUCUGCGAUGUGAACACUGCGGAGACCGAAUUCAAUGGCCUACAGGAGACAAUUGUAGCUGGUGCUGGCGGAGUCCAAAACCCGAACAACAUCUCAACCUCAAGGAACUUCUUCCGCACACUCCUCUGCGAUGACUGCGAGCGCCAAGAGAUGGCACUGUACCAGGAACGGAUUACUCGCGGUAUCAACAAUCCCCGACCCUUCAACCUUGGAACCGUGGCUGCUCCCCGUGAGUGGCCUACGGAUGCCUCCCCAGUCCAGGACUUGUGCACCUGCUAUAACAGCAUGUUUCAAGCCGUCCCAGCCGCUAAUGUUGGAUUCUGCGCUGAGCACCGUCGAACGCAGUGGACUUUACUGAGGGGCCGGAGAGAUGUCGGACGUGACUACCUUGAAGGGAUCACGCGGACGCCGGAGGGUGGCAUUGGACGGGCGAACAGGAGAGUUAAAAACCGCAGACUGGCUGCUCGUGGCCUGCCACGAAACGGGAUGUUCGCCGAUCGUCUUGCAUGCCCAUGCGGACGCGACGCUCAAUUCCCUAACGCGAUCAAUCCUGGACAAGAGCGAACAACGGCUUGCGUGAGCUGUGGCGGAGUGCGACAUGAACCGACUGUAGUCCGACAAGCUGGUCCCGCGAUCCCCGGCACACGACAUUCUGGACGGGUUGCUAAUUUAGCUGCCAAGGCAGCAAAUGUGGUUCAGCCUGAGCGGUCGCGCUGGCUUCGAAGGCAGCGAUGAUCUCGCUCAUCCCGUUCUCUCGUAGAUAUUGAGGGGAUUACCGCAAGGGCUGAUCAAAUAUAAGUGAGAUUUACUUGGAAGACGAUGGAGUUGCGAGAGGUAAGUUUGGUAAGGUCCGUCCCUAGGUGGCGAGAAACCCCCCGUGCCGAGCAAAAUAUAUUGUUCGGGCAUCUCAAGUCUUUCCUCGUAAGCCUAUAAAGUUAU